CAGUCCAGUCGGGGAGCGUACCGAGACCCGCGGAAGUAUCGGUUGUGUUGGAGGCAGUUCGGCAGUGCCGUGAAAGCGGGAAUGGGUGCCGCCAUAGCUAAAUUUGGUUUGAUUUCGGCAAAGGUCAUUAUAAGUAAAGCUAUGGCACGUAACUUUCCCAUAAACUAUACCCAUCGCCCACAUUUACAAUAAUCACUUACAAAGUUAUAACUUUUGAACCUAAAUUAUGUCUACCGAAUCUUCAGCACCAUCUGAUGCGAUGAAGUUGGGGAUUGAGAUGAGGAGGAAAGUCCUAGGGGAGGCUUUACUCUCAAAGCUGAAGCCAGCCGGCGAGCCAGACAUUUUCACCAAGACAAGCUCAGAAUUCAUAACAGAAGUCUGCUUUGCGUCAUAUGCCCGCCCCGGUCUCGAGCUCAAGCAAAGGUCGCUAUUGAACAUUGGUAUCUUAACGGCACUUGGUCGAGGCCCGGAGUUGACGAUUCACGUCCAGGCUGCGCUCAAUGUUGACCUGACUGAAGAGGAGAUCUGCGAGGCAAUUAGGCACACGAUGAUUUAUACUGGUGUGCCUGCAGGCCGGGACGCGUUUUUGAUUGCCAGCGCUGUUAUUGCGGAAUUGAAGGCAAGCGGAGAGCGUAAAUAA